UAUGUGUCUUCGCGCGUGGCCGUGCGUGCGUGCGCGCGCACGGGCCUGCCUGCCUGCCUUUCUCCCCAUAGGCUGACGUGCGGGUGCCAGAGCUUGAGGCGACCGCUGCCCUCGCGCCCGUGCCGUCGUCGGCGUCGAACGCAGUGCGCUGGGCAGCCGCGCGGGGGGUUCCUCACAGAGCGAGCCAAGUCCUUAACGGGAGAAGAAGGGGGGAAGGAAAGCGGGCAAGAAGAAAGCUGAGGCGGCGGCGGAGAGAGAGAUAGAGUUUGUGAGAGAGAGAGAGAGAGAGAGAGAGAGGAGGAAGGAAGGCGGCGCGCGCGCCUCUCUGUCCGCGCGCGCCUCUAGAGGGAGCAAGGAGGAGGAGGAGGCGGCGGGCGCUGCUGCUGCUACGACUGCUACUCCUCGGUCGGCGUCCCUUCCCUUCUCUCCUUCCUCCCUCCCUCCCUCCCCGACCGGAGUGUCCUCCCUUUACCUACCCACCCACCCUCUCCGCCUCCUCCUCCCGGACUGAGCGAGCGAGGGAGCAGCGAUGGCGGCCGCCGGGGCUCUCUCCAAGCACGAACAGAUCCUGGUCCUCGAUCCGCCCACCGACCUCAAAUUCAAAGGUCCCUUCACAGAUGUAGUCACUACAAAUCUUAAAUUACGAAAUCCAUCGGACAGAAAAGUAUGUUUUAAAGUGAAGACUACAGCACCUCGUCGAUACUGUGUGAGGCCAAACAGUGGAAUUAUUGACCCAGGUUCUUCUGUAACUGUAUCAGUGAUGUUACAGCCUUUUGACUAUGAUCCAAAUGAGAAGAGUAAACAUAAGUUUAUGGUACAGACAAUCUUUGCCCCCUCAAACAUUACAGAUAUGGAAGCAGUGUGGAAGGAUGCAAAGUCUGAUGACUUAAUGGACUCCAAAUUGAGAUGUGUAUUUGAAAUGCCUAACGAAAAUGAUAAGCUGCAGAGAGGGGUUGCAGAGCCUAAUCCUUUAGCCGUUGGUUUAGUCACUCCCCUAAGUCUUGCAAUGAGAGAUCUGCUGAGUGCUGAGGGCAUGUCUCAGCUUCCACCUCAGACUUUAUCUUCGUCAGGAUCCGUACACAUAACUCCAUCCAACAGCAAGAAUCUUCAGAUACCUGCAAGUUAUAGCCAGAAGAUUGACAUGAUGGAGCAAGGCAGUGAGGUCAAACACAAGAUGAAUCAGAAUGACAUAGAUGCAAGCAAAUCUGCUCCAAUACUGAAUACAGCUAAGCAGGAUGGUCCAAUGCCAAAACCACACAGUGUUUCGCUUAAUGACACUGAAACAAGGAAGCUAGUGGAAGAAUGCAAAAGACUUCAGGCGGAUGUGGUGAAACUAUCAGAGGAAAACAGACAUCUGAGAGAUGAAGGUUUGAGGCUGAGAAAGGUGGCACACUUGGAUAAACCUGGAACAUCAGGCUUGGCUCUCCGAGAUAAUGUCUCCAAUCCUCUUCCCUCACUUCUUGUUGUAAUUGCAGCCAUUUUCAUUGGAUUCUUUUUAGGGAAAUUCAUCUUGUAGAGAGGGGAAAAAGAGAGAGAAGCAUGCAGAAUGCAGCUUCCUUUUUUUUCUUGGCCAGAAAAAAAAUGUAUUUACCUACCACUUCAUUGGUAGUAUGGCCCCAAGUGACCAUUAUUGUGUACAGCAUCAUACAGGCUUUGCCUCUAAUGAUCUUGCACGGUUAGACAACACAAUAAAAAGACAAACUGGUCGGCUGCUGGACAAAUUGUAUAUUAAUUCAUCAAUAGCAGGUGUCAGUUGCACAUUCAGUCCUUUAUGAAAAGUCAUACAUAAAUAAAGAAUUGUUCUUUCUUUCUGUGGUUUUAAUAAGAGUUCAAAAAUUGUUCAGAGUCUUGUAAAUGUUAUUUUAAUAAUCCUUUAAAAAAAUUAUCUGUUGCUCUUGCCUCUUGGAAAAUGAUUAUUAGAAUGUUAAUCCCACUUGUUCAGGAAUAUGAUGAGGCAUUCUGCGGGGAAAUGAUUCCUCUUAGUGUGUAAAUUUUAUCCUUUACCUUACUUUGCUAAUAUCAUGGCAGAAUUUCUUACCCCUUGUGAGGCAGUUGUUAAAGUUUUCAUCCUUACAGCCCUGUCCCAUGGUAUUUAACAUACAAAAAAAUAAAACUGUUAACAUACUUUAUGCUGGGUAGCUUGUUUCUGUGAAUUCCACUUUGAGAAAAGUUUUCCUUCAAGUUUUACACAUAACCUUGUCACAGAUGAAUGUUCAGUUCACUAGCUGUGGCUUGAACUGGUGCCAGUGAAGCUUUGGAAGAAACAUAGCUGUUUCCAUACUAUUUAACAGCGGCAGAAAAGGUUUCUGGCUUUUUAAGCAAAAUGAAAGGUUAGAAUUAGUUCUGUUUUGGGACAUGGGACUAAUUACAAGAGGCAGGUAUUUUAAACUUGUCUUUUAAAAUAGUGGUGGACUUUGCAGGUAUCAAAUAGGUAUAUUUCUGUUGAUUCAUUGAUGCUCCCUUAUCUGGAGUCCCCAGUAGUCCUUUAAUGAUCAAUAAUUUUGCAUUCAGGCUGACUAGUCCAGAUGUUUUCUGGAAAUACAUUCUGUGUGACCUUUCCAAAUAAUUUUUCCUUAAGUACCUUAGGUUGAUUCCAGUUGAGCAAUCUUUUAUCGUUUAGUUUUAUGAAAGGAAAAUAAAGUUUUGUCCAGCAAAUAUGUCUUGGCACACUUGCCCAUUAGCUAUGCAUACCUUCUAUGUUCUAGAAAGUUUAUUUUGUUGGGUCUGAACUGCUUCUCCUCACUUAACCUCGUGGCUUGUUUCAUUUCUGAUCUCUAUGUCAUUAAGUAGAUAAUUUUGAAAGCACAAUACUUAGCUAUUUUUAACUGUUAGCCACCAUAGGGAGUUAUUUCAGAACUGACAUUCUUGAAAGGCUUAUUCCUGUAGGCAGAAUUUUGUAUAUUCUUGGAUAUGGAUGCAGCUAACUGUUCGAUCUUAUGUAGCUGAGAAAUGUUCUAGCAAAAAUAUACAUAUUGGUUGCCUUUGAUUUCUAGUGCUUUUUUUAUUGGAAAAUAUACAUCAUGUACUGUCACUGCUGUCUCUGGCAAACUUUUAUAACACAUGCAAUUUGCAAAGAAGAAGAUGAACAAACCAUUGCAUGAUGUUUCACUUUAAAAGCAUGCAAAUACAAACGUUUCCUUUUUAUGUGUUCUGGUAUCUGCAUUCAAGUCUUCUCUGACCAUGGUGACUGGAAAAAGUAUGCUCAAGUCUAAUUCUCAUUUCAUCAGUUCUGAAACCAUAAGACUCUCCAUACUGUGGUGUAUAAAUGGUACGUCAGAAGAAAUCAUUUAUUCCUUAAAGGAACUUGACCAUUGGAAGAUUACAGGGGGAGGGGGGGCUAAUGUACAGGCUGUAACUUCUGGAUGCAUUUGGAUAUUUCUAUAUGGAAGGAGAAAAUUUAAAAGUUACAUUUGCUGUUAAAGGAGUGUACACAAAGGUUUGUAGCAAUAGCUACACAUUUUAGGGUUAGAGAUUAGAGAAUAAUUCAUCAAAGACAAAGUGAACUUAGAAGCUUGAUAUUGAGAAGUAUCCUGAUGUCAGAAAAUAAUGAUGAUCCAGAGACAACCAUCUGAUUAUCAUAAAUAUUGAAUAAGUGAUAAAUUAAGUUGCGAGAGCCUGUUGGGCCAUGUAGUUGGAUUAUAUGUUUUAAAGAGAACUAUUAUUGAACAAGUCAAAGUGCAUUUGGGCGUCAUGUCCAGUAUACGUAAAGUGCGGUGCUCCUUAAAUGGAUGCGCUUGUGGUUUCUAAUAAUCCUUUCAUAAUUGUAUAUAAAAUGUAAUGCUAAACUAUUUUUUUGCUCUCAGGAGUGAUUUUGGAUGAUAUCAACUGUAUUCAGUGAAAUUAUGUAACACAGAUUAAAUUGUCUGUUCCUGAAA